AUGGUCGCCCCGAACUGGUCGCCCUCCUCCUUCCCCGCCGUUCCUCCCGAGCCAACCGCCACCGCUGCCCUGCAACCGCGCCACCGCGGGCCAGUGCCCCAACCACCGCCGCCGGGGGCCUUGCAACCGCCGUCUUCCUCCCCUGCAACCGGCUCCGCCGCCGUGGGGACGUGCCCCAACCACCGCCGCAGGGGGCCUGCAACCGCCGCCGUCCUCCCCUCGCAACCGGCGCCGCCGCCGCGGGCCCGUGCCCCAACCAACGCCGCUGCGUGCCCUGCAACCGCCGCCGUCCUCCCCUGCAACCGGCGCCACCGCCACCGGGAACUGCCUGGAGGAGAUCCGGCCAAGUCCUGCCCGCCCUGA